AUGUCAUCGUCCAACAUCGGUGAUGGUAGUCUUAGUGAUUACUACCCAUCAACAAAUCAACCACCGCAAACUGCUAUAACAGCGUUCCUAGCUAAACUAUGGGCGUUAGUUAAUGAUCCGUCCUGUGAUGAUCUUAUUGCUUGGGACCCAUCGGGUGGCUCGUUUCAUGUUUUUGAUCAAUCCCGUUUUGCACGAGAAAUUCUACCUCGUUAUUUCAAACAUAAUAAUUUUGCUUCAUUUAUUCGACAAUUAAAUAUGUAUGGUUUUCGUAAAAUAUCAACUAUUGAGCAUGGUUCAUUGAAAAGUGAACACGAUGAUAUUGAGUUUGCCCAUCAUAAUUUCAUACGUGGACAUGAUACAUUAUUAGAAUUAAUUAAACGACGUGCACCUGAUAAUCAACAAAAAAUAACUAUACAACCAACUAAAACUGAAAUACCAGCAGCAGCAUCAUCAUCGUCGACAUCAACAUCGCCUUCAUCGUCGGCACUUGUAUCAGCACAUUAUGCUGAUACGAAAUCGACGCGUUCAAUUGAAUUGUCUCAUUUACUUGAUGAUGUUAGAAACCUACAAACCAAACAAACAUCAUUGAGCGAUAAAUUAUUUCAUAUGCAAGAUGAAAAUCAAGCCUUAUGGCGUGAAAUGAGUAUUUUAAAACAAAAACAUUCUAAACAACAACAAAUUGUAUCAAAGCUAAUGGAAUUUCUUUUACAUUUUCUAACGACUUCUACUCAAACACAACGACCAUCUGUUGAACAAUCAUCAACAGAUCAAUCUCAGCAACAACAAACACAACAUCACAAUAUCGCCAAUCCAAACAUGGCAGCCAAUAGUCUCAAACGUAAACCCGCCGCUCUGAUGCUUAGUGAAGAACCAAACAAACGUGGAAACAUACAGCAGCAACAACAACAACAACAACAACAACAUAUUUUACCGAAGCCAAUUAGUAUCGAACGACGACCAGGUAUAACUAUUAAUGAGUUAACCGAUAGUGAUACCGGUGGUUGGAUUCUUACAACGGAUGCAUCACCAUUAGUUGAUCUUGUACCAUCACCACCGCCUCAGUCAACAUCUAUACAAUCUCUCGAUGAUCAUUAUCCGCAACACCAAACACCAGGAACAAAUUUUGGAUGGACCGUUCAAACGAAUGAAAUUCGUGAUCCAUUAAAUUAUUCACAACAAAAUAAAUCUUAUAAAACGAUUGGAAACCGAAAUAGUGAAAGCAAUUCAUAUAUACCGGAUUUUUUCUUGAACACAGAAAAUAAUGAUCAUGAAGCAAAAACAAAUAAUGGACAAAUAGAUGAAGCUAGUUUAACAGGCAUCAAUCCGUCAUCCACUCAAACUCUUCCAAUGAUGAAAGCUGAGCAAUUAGAUUUUCCGAAUUCGCUUCAUAAAAAAUCAUCAACAUUAAAUUCUUCAAUGUAUCCUACUAAUAAUUCACAACAGAAAACUAUGCAAUUGUCAAAACCACCGGAACCUGUGCCUUUCAGUCUACAUGAUAUCACUGGCGAUGUUAAUCAUAUUCAAACGUCUCUCGACAAUAUACGCGAAUUAAUGUUCGACAGUUUACCUGAUACAACGACAAUCGACGAUCUAUUUUGUGAUGAUCAUGUAUUACUUUCUCCCAUGUUAGCAAACAAUAGUCAAACAACAAAUAUCUUAACAGACAAUACUCAAGAUGAAAAAUUAAAUCAUCAUUUUUCUUAUUCAAACAAUAAUGGAAAUAUCGUAACACCAAAUUGUAAACAAUUAAUUCUUCAUAAAAGUGAAUUUCCAACGAAAAUAUCUGAAAUCGAUGUUAACAAUCAAUUACUCGAACAAUUGAUAAGCGAAACAGCUAUCAUUGAAGAGCAACGUCAAACAAUAAAUCAAUUAGAACGUGAAAAGCUUAAUCUAGAAGGCAAAAUUCAUAGAUUUGAACAACAACAACAACAACAACAACAACAACAACAGCAACAAACAAAUAAAAGAAAAUGA